AUGUUCCUGGUAAAGAGUGUUUCUCUGGAUAGAAAGAAAGCCGUUUUUGUGAGGGCUGCUGGCUUGAAUGAUCUCAUCUCUGAAACCAAGAGCAAGCUGAAACUGAUUGGAGACGAAUACCAAGUUUAUCAGGAAGAUGAUGGGACACUUAUUGAUGAAGAUGCCGUAUUUGAAGCACUGUGUGAGGAGGCCAAGUCAAAUCAAAAGAAGCUCUGCAUCAUGUUGCUUCCUUCUGGAAUAGAGUGGAGCUCUAAAGAUAACAGUGAGGACACAUCGUUCAGACCAGAAAGGUCGAGUUCUGAGUCAAGUGGAAAUGGUAGUUCCUCUGAGUCGUCAAGUUUAGACUCCGAUCUAAGCUCGCAAGACUCACAUUCAAGUUCUUCUCAUCUGACUCGUGGAUUUCCUAUUUCAACUGUGAUACCAUUUCUGGAUCCUAUUCUUGAAGUUAUGGAUAACUCUGCUAGUCACCAUCCGAAACACUUUCAACAUUUGAAGAAGCAUGCCAUCAAGGAAACCUUCCACACGAUUGGAAACUAUAUGGUGCUCACCCUGAAAGACUACAGCAAGGGAACGGCACGAAGCCUUGCUAGAUCAGUUAUGAACUAUGCCGACAAGAAGUAUGCGAAGAUCUUCGAAAUCAUGAUUAAUGGUCAGCUUUGUGAUCCAGGAUAUAGCUGCUUCGCUCAACAGAUCUACGCCUACGUCCAGGCCAACAAGGGCGAUGAAAAAAUAAGAAGAAAAAGGGGGAAAGUGGGAAAGGGGAAAAGUCCCGCUGAAGAGGAAGAAGUCGAUGAUGAAGGGCUGAGCCCUCCUACACACCAAGACAGCUACGGCUGUGUUGCCUUUGAAGUCCCUCUGCCCAGUGGUGAGACACCUGAAACACAAGAAAGGCAGAGGUUAGAAGCAGUUGCGGUGAGUCCGGAGUCUUUAGAGGGAUUGAAGCUGAUGGCCGCUACAUAUGCCACUCAAAGACUGGACAUUAACCGAGGCAAACCCAUGAUGAGGAACUUACCCAAAAUCAUGGAUCGAUGGCCUCUUCUCAAGAUAAGUUCGCAUCUUAUCAACCAUGGGGAGGAACUUAUUGGAAAAGAUGUCAGAUCGGUCUGGACUAAAAGUGUCUCUGAGAAGUGGACCAGCAUCUAUGAUUUCAUGAAGCACCAUUGUCAAAUUAACUACAAGGAAACUUCGAUUUUGAAUGAGCUCAUUGCUGACGCAGACAGUUUUGACAAGGGGACUCGCUCCAUUCAAGCUAAAUGUGCCAGUAUAUUCCAGCUGAUUGUUGGCUUUAUGAGUGAGCAGCAGUCUGCCCUGCUAACUGUGGUUCCCACUGAUGCAUCUGAAGAUGAUAUGAAAGCUGCUGCUGCUGGAAACGAAGGCUUUCCUUUGGUUUUAGUGAAAGGUUCUUCCUUCAGGGAAACCCCCCACAAGGAAAACCCAAACGUGCAAAGAAGAAAAGAACAACGGAUCCCAUUGAUUCGAAAGUGA